CGAAAUAACCAGAGGAAAAGUAGAGCACGCAAGAAGGAAUAUCUAGAAAGUCUGGAGAGCAAAUGGAAGCAAUGCGAGGAAGUUGGGAUGGAGGCUUCUGCAGAAGUGCAGAGUCUAGCACGUGCAGUUCUCGAGGAGAACAAACAUCUUCGGCAACUAUUGCAAGAACAUGGCAUUGCCAAACCGGAGGUU